AUGGGAUCAAUAUUUGCAUAUAGUUUAUUGGCAGGGCUAGCACCGUUAAUAUCAUCAUCGGUUCCAUUUUUUUUAUUUAGAAAUCGAAAUAUAAAUGCAAAUGUGUUUCAUAUUUUAUUGUGUGUUUCAGCAGGUUUACUAUUUGCAGUUGCAACAUUAGAAUUAGUUCCAGAGUCAAUUGACCUUGCAUUAAGGUCUCUUUCAGAUGAAAAUAAUAGUAAUAAUAGUAAAAAUAAUAAUAAUAAUAAUAAUUUAGCGACAUCUCAAUCAUUUACAAAUACUCAUCAUUUAAAUAAAAUCAUGGAGAUUGAUUUUGAAGAAAAUGAAUAUCAAAUUAAAAAAGAAAAUCAACUUUAUGAUCAACAUGACGAUCACAAUGAUCAUAAAGGUGAAGAUGGUCAAGAUGAUGAACAUGAUCAAGAUGAACAUGACCACGAGGAUGAAGAAAAGAAGAAUAAAUUUAAAAUACCAAUGUAUGGUCUAGGUUUUGGUUUUCUAAUUUUAAUUGUAAUCGAGUCCCUUUUCAGUGGACAUGAAGGUGGAGGUCAUUCACACAGCCAUUUGCCAGUUUCGCAUGGUGAUGACGAUCAUCACCAUGAAUACGAAUUAUUAGAAAAGGGUAAUGUAAAUAUUAAAGAUCAAGAGGACGAAGAGGAUAGUGGUAAAAAUAAAUCUAGCAGUGAUAAUAGUAUAGAUAUAGAAAGCGCAGAUGGUGGUAAAGCUGGUAGUGGUAGUAAAAAUAGAAAUGUAAAUAAUGGAGGUAGUAACAGCCCAUCAAAUAAUAACAGCAAUGGUAUUCAUAUUAGUAAAAGCGAAGGUGAUAUUAAAGGUAUUGGUGAAGCAAAUAAUAGUGGUAGCAAAUCAAAAUUAACCAUAACGACAUUUAUAGCAUUAUCAAUACACUCAUUUGUGGAUGGCGUUGUAAUAUCAAGUGCUUUUUCGUCAUCACAACACGUUGGCGCAAGAGUGGCUUUGGCUAUUGUUAUACAUAAAAUUCCCGAUGGUUUAGUAUUAUCAUCAAUUAUUUUAUCACAAAAGAAAUUUUUAAGUCCAAUCGGCGGUGGAAAUCAACGAUUAUUUUCAAAUCCUUUAUUUUACUUUUUAUUAAUAUCCUGUAUGACCCCACUGGGUGCAUUUAUUAGCAGUGCUAUUUUUGGAGGAUUAUCAAUAUCAAGUGGUAGUUUUGUUCUAGGUUUUGGUGCAGGUACAUUCCUAUAUAUAACAUCUUCAGCAAUUUUACCCGAAAUUUUGUCAAGCCAAACUGUAAAGAAAAGUACUUCACUUUUUGCCAUAUUAUUAGGUUAUUUAUUAUUUAUAUUUUUAGAUUCUACCUUUCACGGUGCCCAUUAA